AUGUCUCCCGCCAUUUCAUUCUGUUUAUAUCAGAUUCCAACACCAAUGGUGACACCACCUAGAGCCAUUUACUCGCAACAAAGACUAGAAAAUCAACCCUCAUUUUCCAACUACUUUUGCUUAGAAGACUUAUUUGCCAUCUUUGAUCUUCACUUGACCAGCCACGACUUGUACAAAUUUUACCUUCAAUACCCAAGUUUAUUCUGUAAAGACAAGGAAGGUCGCUCUUAUGUUCAGACCAACUUGAUGGCUGAUGUUGCUUUGAAGCAUAACAUUUGCAAUUUGUCUGAUCUUUGUCGUCUUUCAGAAGAGGACUUAUUAAAGGGCGGAGCUAUUCCUUUAUUAAAAAUGACAACUUUUGUUCGCCUAUUUCAAAAACUUAGCAUUGUUUCCCUAGACAAAUUCGAGCCAAGACCUUUGGAUGGAAACGAGUGGUUCUUUUCUUCCGCCAACAAUACAGCCCAUUUGGUCAAGUUGGAACCCAUAUCACCUACUUUUUCUACUCUCCAUCAUGCAAAACCAUCUCCAAGGUAA